GUUCUAAAACCCCCAAUUUUCCCACACAAAAGUCUUAUCCUUCACCGUUUUCUCAAUUCCCGAGAAAAUUCAAUUUACUCGAAUGCCAAGAGAACUUGUUUUUCCUUAAUUGUCUCUUAAUUUCGCUGAUUCUGUCGCUUGGCGCCCCAAAAAUUAUGUCUUCAGGGCAAAGAAGCGGCUCUAAUCCGGCGGCCAUGCUCGCCUCUCUCAUGGGCAAGAGAGAGAAGCUUCGUGAAGAGCUCCGUAACAUUGAGAAACAGGUGUAUGAGUUAGAGACAAGCUAUUUGCAAGAUUCAGGCCAUUUUGGGAAUGUUCUCAAAGGUUUUGAAGGGUUUCUAUCUUCAUCGAAGAGCACUACAAAUGUAAAAAGGUCCAGGAAAUUUCAGCCAGAAGAUAGACUUUUCUCAUUGUCAUCGGUUACCUCGCCAGCAGCUGAAGAACUUGGACUCGGACGUGAUGAUGGAAGAUCUGAUUUUGGUCCCGGUCGGUCUAAGGGUGGAACCUUAGCUGCUAAUGGGCAGGGGAAACCAAAAAAGGGAAGAACAUCAAUGGGACCAAGAGACGUAAAGAAAAUCAGGCCAUCAAAUGAAGCAGAAUUUGAUGAUGAAGAUGAUCCUGAUAUGAGCUUGAGAUAAUUACUUCACAUAAACCUCACUAAAUGUAAAUCUUAAGUGUAAUUCUAGGGUGGUAGAUGUAGAGGGAAAUUGUAUUGUUGUGAAGUCUAGAUUAUUUAACUUUUCAAUGUGUUGUAACCAUUUCUUAGAUAACCCAUUUCAGCUA